AUGGCUGCAUCAUCUUCCUUUUUAUCAAACAACAUUUGUUCUUCAAUUCAAACUUGCCAAAAAUCAAAAUCUUUUGCAUUUUCUCCUGCUAAAUUUGGUGAAAUUGGGUUUAAAUCUUCUGGAUUUUCUGUCACUAACAAACCCCUGAAAUAUAACUCUGCAAAUCAGCUGUCUGCUAGAUCUUUUACUUGCAGAAACUCUUCUGUUGAUGAAUCAUCAGAUGUUAAGAUUCAUGAAUUCAGUGCUUAUCAGAUUGAUGAUGGAGAUCGUGAAAGCCCUGUUGUUCUUAAACUUAGCAAGAAACCUGUUUUUGCUCUUGGUGACUUGGUUCCUUUCAUCAACAAGUUAUACACAGGAGACUUAGAAACAAGGCUAGGAAUAACAGCAGGAAUGUGCAUCGUUAUCCAAAACAAGCCAGAAAAAAAUGGAGUGAGAUUUGAAGCAGUAUACAGCAUGUACUUUGGAGAUCUUGGUCACAUUUCAAUCCAAGGACCAUACUUAACCUAUGAGACAUGUUAUUUAUCAAUCACGGGCGGUUCGGGCAUCUUCGAGGGAGCCUAUGGACAAGUGAAAUUGCAACAAAUUGUUUACCCAUUCACGAUAUUAUACACAUUUUAUUUGAAGGGAAUAAAGGGUGAUUUGCCAAAGGUGCUUCUAGGUAAGACUGUUGAACCUCACCCUGGUGUUGAGCCCUCUGCUGCUGCUAAGGCUAAUCUUCCUGAAGCUACUAUCCCUAAUUUCACUGAUUGAAUGAAUAAUAACUAAGCUAGUAAUUAUUAUGUGUUGAAUCAAUUCAGAUGUAAGGGAUUCAAUGAAAGGGUCUAGUUGACUGUGAACUUGUACGUGUUAGUAUGAUA